AUGGCUUCGAAGACGAUGGCAAAGUUUGCACACGUCCUCCAAGAUGCAAAACAUAUAACCGAACGCGUAAACGAUGCACCAGAAAUAACCAUUGAAAAUUUCAUCGGAUAUACCUCUGUGCCCGUUGGACUGGCCGGUCCUCUGUUGAUCAAAAGUCCUGAUGGCACCAGUACCAGAACCUUCGCUCCAAUUGCUACCACAGAGUCCGCCAUCAUUGCAAGCUGCAGCAGAGGCUGUAAGGCUCUGAAUGAAUCUGGUGGAGGCCAGUUUCAUGUUCUGAGUGAAGCAAUGUCUCGCAGUCCAGUCUUUCGAUUCAAUUGUACCCAACACGCAAUCGAUUUUGCCCGUCGCGUGCCGGACCUCUGGGAUUAUAUUGCCAAGACCGCAGAGUCCACAAGCCGUCAUGCUCGUCUUGUGAAAUUGACCCCGAAUAUCGUGGGUUCCAAUGUACAUGUGCGGUUUGACUACACAUGUGGAGACGCGGCAGGUCAGAAUAUGGUCACGAUUGCUACUCAGCGUGUUUGUGAUUGGCUUCUUGCUUCCACACAGGAGAUGGAGCUGCAGAUCACCGGUGUCUUCAUUGAGGGCAACAUGGCACCGGACAAAAAGCCAUCAUGGGGAACCGUCAGCUUGCCUAGAGGCGUUGAGGCUGUCACGUGGGCCUCACUUUCUGACGAGGUAUGCCGUGCCGUUCUCAAGUGCACGGCCGAGAACCUGUACCACUCUUUCCGCACAACACAAGAGGGAGGGAUUCGAAACGGUCAGUUCGGAUCUAAUAUAAACGUGGCAAACGUCAUCACCGGGAUCUUCAUUGCGACUGGCCAGGACGCUGCAGCGGUUGCUGAAGGGCCCUUUGGACACUUGACCCCGGAGUAUGAUCAUGAGUCUCGUCAGGUGAAAUUGACACUCUAUUUCCCAUCUCUACCGGUUGGCACAGUUGGAGGUGGAACCGGAUACGAAACGCAACGAGAGGCUCUCGGCAUUUUGGGAUGCAGUGGUUCUGGUAUGAAACCCCGUUUAGCGGGUCUGAUUGCUGCUUUUUCCCUCGCGCUGGAAAUCAGUACUGCAGCGGCCGCGGCAACCAACACUUUCACCCAAAGCCAUGAGAGACUCGCACGUGCAAAGCAAGGAAAUGACCCGGCAAGUAAGAUCUGA